AACUUCCUUCUUUUUGUCUACGGACACGUUGUGAGCACGUUGUAUUCGGUGUAGUUUUUUAGUGAAAAACUACGAAAAUGUCGUCCCAUCUUAACUGGAUGAUCAUCCGCAACAACAACGCCUUCCUGGUGAAGAAGCGUAACAUUAGGAAGCCUUUCAGCAAGGAACCUAACAAUGUGACUAACCUCAACUCAUACAGAUACAACGGUCUGAUCCAGAAGAAGGCUGUUGGCGUCGUCGAAAACCCCGACAGGAAAGGUUUCACAGUUGUGUACAAGAAGGCUAAGGCAACCAACAAGCCCGUCAAGAACUCAGUACGCCGCACAUUCAAAGCUGGCGCGAGGAGAUCACUGUACAAGGUGAAGAGGUUGUUGAAAGCCAACCACUACCGCACUGACCUGUCCAAGGCUACCCUCCGUCGUGCUUCAGCCAUCCUUCGCUCCCAGAGGCCCAUCAAGGCGAAGAAGCCCAAAGCCGCGGCUGCCAAGGCCGAAUAAACUUUGUAUGUAAGCUGACAAUAAAAAAAAUUAAAAACCUA